AUGGUACAGGCCAUGCAAGAAACGAGACAGAACUCCACCAAGUAUUUAGUCCCAUCGAAGCUAAAUGGCCCAGCGACCCCAGAGACAAAGAGACCCAACGACAUCCAGCGUGCGAAGCCGGUGACAGGGGUGGCCCCAGUGAACAAGUUGGCUAUUACGAGAUUGCCGCUCCACCGAAGACAUCCGCAGGGGGCUCAGCAGCUCUGGGAUACGCCCCGACACGGCGAGUUGAAAGAGGGAUAG